UCGUCAGUCAUUUGCUCUUGGAAAUAGUAGCCACAAAAUGAUAAUGAAAUACGUUCUGUGUUUGGCUGUUUUGGUUGUGUCACUAAGAAAUGUUAAAGCCCGUCUUAGUGCAGAAAGUGAGACGGCACUUACGGAGUAUGGUCAAGGAUAUUUGAGUGAAUGCGCUAAAGAGUUAAAUCUGGAUUUGGAGCACCUAAAACCUAGUGAUAUUCAGGAUAAAGAUAAAUGCCUCUUUACAUGUACUGCAAAGAAGAUGGGUGUGAUAAACGGAGAAGGUAAAUUUGACUUAGAUAAAGUACUUGAAAUAUUGGUGGGACUUGUUAAAAACCUUGAGGAUUACAAGACUUUGGAAACCAUCGCAAAAUCUUGUAUUUCAGUAAACGAUGAAAAAGUGAGUGAUGGGGUCAAGGGAUGUGAAAGAACAUUUCUUGCUGUCUCCUGCGUCACCAAACAAAAGGAAUUGCUUGAAUAAGAUGUCUACCAUUGAAUGACAAGAUGCACAAUACUAUGUACCCGAUGGACAUGAUGAUUAUGGAUAUUGCUUGGUUUGUAGUUUUUGCAAAAAUAAACGCAAUCCUAUAUUGUAUUUUCG